AUGGAGCUUUUCUUAGAAUUGUAUGGACUGUAUGAGAAGGGCAUAGCAUUGCUGCAACAGAGUCACUCUGUCAGAUCCUUUACUAUAGAUUUUUUCUGUAAUCCUAGACAUUGCAUCUCAUUUAAUCAGGACAGUGAAGAUUGGGAGGGUAUGUUUGAUUAUGAACUAUUUAGAGAAAAAUCAAAUAACGAUGCAAUAUUUACACAAAACAUCAACCGCUGUUUGCACCUCCUGCGAUCGAUGGAAACAUUGAUAAAUUUACGUCUAAGGAAUUAUUCAAACUAUCAAAUUCUAAUGGCACAGAAACUUACAGUCACUAUUCUCCAAAGCACAGCUUUUAUGUUACACAGCAGGUUUGCUAACAUUGCAAAUAACAAGUUAAUCUAUAAAGCUGACAAGAUAUCAUGUUAUAUGUUGAAACUAGCUGCAAAAAUGGGGUUCGUUUCUGAUAUCUUGUACCUUGUGAUGUAUUAUUACAAGACUUUAAAACACAAAAAAGCAAGAAAGGUCCUAGAGAUAGCAAAUAACAAAUUCCAACAGCCGUAUCUUAUGUAUAUGAGUGACGUGGACGAUAUCAAGGUAUAUACAGCAGAAGUGGGAGGACAAUCUUGUUCCACUAAGAUGCAGAGAGUUGUUAUGGGGGACAUCAGACUUUCUAAAAAUAUCAAUUAUAUUGAUGAAUUAAAACACGAGCAGCGGCUAAUAGGUCACAUCGAGGGAAACAUAGAUAUAUCUCCAUUUGUAAUGUUACUCAUGCUAGAAUUCUUAUGUUACAGACAAUUUUAUGAAUAUACUGCUGCAAUAGCCAUUGAUAAUUUAAAGGAUUUAGUUGAAGAGGGAGAUUUUAUUCGCCCCUGUACUAGAGACAUAUAUUGGCAGAUCUUAGGCAUUUGUCAACAGCUCCAAGAGGAUCAUUGUGCUGCCCUGUAUUCAUAUAUCGAAGCACCAAGACAGGAUCUAUUCCACAACCUAAAAAAUGCCACAAAGUUGAGGAUACGAAGUCUUUAUAGCUGA